UAACGAACGCACUGUACCUUAGGCUAUAUGUAUUGCCUUGAAUGCAAAGGGCGAACACAACGGUUGCCAUAUGCAUGAAUCUAACCGGUAGAUGGGCUUUGCAUUUAAAACGAGCGAAAAGAGCUCAAUCUGCCAAAAGAAAGUCACUGCAUUUUUCAAGAACGGACUCAGUCACGCUCAUUCAAUUGCAAUGGUCACAUCGAUUUGGAAAUCUGCAGCGGUGCUGCUUGUCCUUGCGGUGUUUGCAGGAAUAAAUAACGCAGCUUUCUUGAAAGUUGUUAAUAUUUCUUGUAAAUCCAAUCAACCCAAAAAUCAAACAACUGCUGUUAACGUUACCCGAAUUGUCGGUGGAACAUGGGCUAAAAGAGGGGCUUACCCUUACCAGGCAGCCAUAUUUGUAAAGAACGAGUUCAGCUGCGGAGGUACACUGCUUGAUGGUGGAUUACAUGUACUGACAGCUGCCCACUGCUUGUUACCGCUAAAAAGGGAGGCCGGAUUGUUGACAUUAUAUUUCCGAACUACUGUCUUGAAGCCGCUGGAUGCAAAUCACAUUGUAAGGAAAGUGACUAAGUACGUGAUUCACCCUGAUUAUAAUGGGACUACGUUUGAAAACGACCUUGGUGUUAUCACUCUGUCCGAACCGGUCAUGGAAAUCCGACCAACACGACUUGAGGCUGUCGUGUCUGCAAACAAAUCUUAUGUAGGAAAAGAAGCUACUGUUAUCGGAUGGGGUCGAACACGACAGGUUUUGCAUCCAGCAAUAUCUUCUGGGGCUGCUUCUAACAAUUUACGACAGGUCAAUGUCACUAUCCUCGACGCAAACGAUUGCUCCAUCUUAUAUUACAAUGAUUACGUUCUUACGGAUGGGAAACGCCUAUGUGCAUCCACCUUAUUUGGAAAGAGUAUUUGCCAGGGUGACAGUGGCGGUCCAUUAUUGAUUGAUGGAGUUCAAGUGGGAAUCAAUAGCGCUGCAGCAGGAUGUGCUGAUCCGCGAUUCCCUGCACUUUUCAUCCGCGUCGGUCCCUAUGUUGACUGGAUCAAAAGUACGAUGGUCGCUAGCUCUCCCAACUCGCUUUUGCCAACAGGAGAGGUAAUAUUAGACUUAGAUCGCAAAUAAGUGAGGUAACCUGGACGUUGGCAAAAUGCAAUAGAACUGAGCAAUGUUGAUUUCUUAUUACGGUUGGCCCCAUCUAUUUUGGGCAUUCACUCCAAGUAAAUUAAUGGAAUUCGUUAAAGAAUAAACUGAAUGUGAAAACUAAA